CGUCUCUAUGUCUCGCACACCCUCUCGACGUGGAACUCGCGUGUCUUUGAGUUUGGCAGCGUCCUCUAUCUCGCCUCCAUCUUCCCCGGGACUUUGAUGCCGCUAUCAGUCUACGCCCUGGCGCGCGGCGCCGCUGCGAUCGCGCUGUCAUCGUGGGUUGGCCAGUACAUUGACCGCGAGGACCGUCUCAAGACGGUGAGGCUGUCAAUUGUUUCGCAACGGCUCGCUGUUGCUACUUCGUGUGCCAUCUUCCUCGUCCUGAGCAGAGUCCAGAACCUUUCUGAUGGGCUACGAACUGGCCUAUUAGCGCUGCUAGUCUUCAUGGCUUGCAUUGAGAAACUAGCCGCCAUCAUGAACCUGGUGUCAGUUGAGAGAGACUGGACACUAUCUAAUUUGUUGAUAGCAAUGAACUCCCAAAUGAGACGCAUUGACCUUAUUUGUAAGCUUCUUGGGCCGUUCUUCAUUGGUAUAAUGGAUGGCAUCUCUACGGAAACGGCCAUAUUUGUCAACCUAGGAAUGAACUGCACCUCGGUCGUUGUCGAGUACAUUACUAUUGCUCGAGUAUACUAUCAAGUACCGGAGCUACAGCAUCCAAAGACGAUACCCACAAUUGCAACACACAAUGACGAGAAUCCCCAACAGCCUACCCAAGGACCAUGGACGUUAUUGAAGAAUGCUGUCAAGAAGUCCUACCAAGACCUGCGCCUUUACUUCAAGCACCCAGUCUUUAUCCCUUCCUUCGCAGGGGCACUUCUAUACUGCACAGUCUUGUCUUUCGGUGGUGUCAUGGUGACUUAUCUACUAUCGAGCGGCUACACUCCGACACAAAUUGCCGUUGCAAGGACAGUCUCGGUGGCAUUCGAGGUCUUGGCCACCUGGAUCGGACCGUGGUUGAUGACCAAGAUUGGCCCUGUUCGUGCCGGUCUCUGGUUUUCAAGCUGGCAGUUGGGCUGCUUGGCCGUCGGUAUCUCCAUCUUCUGGGGGUACACAGACAACGUCCUUAUAUCAACUCUUGGUCUUGUAUGUGGCUCGAUGCUUAGUCGAGUAGGACUAUGGGGGUUUGAUCUGUCAGCUCAGAUCAUAAUUCAGGAGGAGGUUGAAGCAGAGAAUCGGGGAGCCUUUUCUGCUGUGGAAGCCAGCUGGCAGAACCUGUUUGAAAUGUGUUCGUACACGUCGACAAUCAUCUUCUCGUCUCCUGACCAGUUCCACAACCCGACGGCACUCAGCGUCGCAGCAGUCUUUUGCGCCUGGGCCCUGUACAGCCGGUUUGUGAGAAAGAGACGGGGACAUCUCAUCCACUGGCCAGCAUGCAUG